CUCACGGGUAAGCGCGCAGCCUCAGAGACUACAUCUAGACGUGUAAGUUUUCAGAGAGCAUCUCGUGGACUGACUAUUUUACAAGUUGUGUAUAAAUUCGUUUUACAUCCUAUGGAUCAUUGAGGGGUAGAUGGCUCAACCACGUCUUACAAUAGCGCUACGCUCCUUUUCAAAUGUCAGCAGGAAAGAUGAUUACACAGAGGAACCCUGUGAUUUAAAGUCUAAACGGUUAAAGAGACAAGAAGAGUUUUCCAAGGCUGGCCUUACGUGGAAGAAGAUUGUCCAAUUUGUCAAUGAACAUCUAGACAAGAAGGAACAGCCGGCUGCGAAUGAAGACUUGCACGCUGUAUUAAAGGCAGCAAGACAGAUUGUUGGGGCAGAGUUUGGGCAGGAUAUGAUUGAAAGUGCAGCGGUUUUUCUCUUCACAACGUUUUACGCCAAGGACCAACUUGGUCAGGAAGAGACUAGAACCAUCAAGCAGAUGUUUGGACCUUUUCCAUCGUCCUCCGCCAGUGCUGCUUGCAAUGCAGUGAACAGGGUUACAUCUGUCUUUGAUGAAACACAGCUAGAAACCUUUAUAAAGACUCACAGUGCUAACUGUUUAAAGGAUCAAGUACCUUUUGGCAAAAAUAUUACAUUCUCCUUUGACUUGUAUGCCUUAGACCAUUUAGAGGAUUUGCCAUUAAAUAUUGAUGAUGAAAAAGGGUCUAAGGAAUUCAGUUUAGACUAUGAUAAAUUUGUGAACAAUCAGCAGGAACACCUGAGAAAUGGAUCCUUUGACAAAGAUUGUCCCAGAUCCUCUGGGAACACGGAUGGUUCCCUUCUAAGGAGAGAGGUUGAGAAGUAUUUGUUGGAGGGAACAUUAGGAUCCACCACGGCUGAAGAUCUAUGUACAACCCUGUUUGAGAGUCUGGCGUCUACCAAGAGUGACGAUGAACUCCAAAAUGAGCUAUUUGAGCUGCUUGGUCCAGAAGGGUUUGAACUAAUAGAGAAGCUGCUGCAGCAGAGAUCCAGUAUUGUGGAAUCAUCUCUGGCCACAGUGCCAGACUUGAAGUUGAACUAUCUUCAAGAUGCAUCUCGAAAAGCAUCAGGAGAGAGCAGCGUACCUAUUUAUGGCUGUCAAGUCACAAUUCAAUCUGAACAAGAAAAGCAGCUAAUGAAACAGUUUCGUCGUGAAGAGAAACGCAUUGCUAAAAGGGAAAAACGGUGGGACGAUUCUGAAGGAGACACACCAAUGCACUUUGACCCCAAAGAACUUCGAAUUCAAAGGGAGCAUGCACUGCUAACUGCCCAAAAGUCUCCGGUCUUGGGCAGACAAAAAACCUAUGAGAAAAUCCACUACCCCAAUGUUUACGACUGCUGUGCAGAAGCCAUGAAAACGUCUGCGUUUAUCGGCGGUUCAAAGCUGCUUUUACCAGAAGGGAUUAAGAGAGAAAACACCAAAAUGUAUGAAGAAGUGACUAUUCCCCCGAAUGAGCCGAUGCCAGUUGGCUUUGAAGAGAAACCAGUUUACAUCACUGACUUGGAUGAGAUUGGACAGCUGGUUUUCAAAGGGAUGAAACGACUGAACCGAAUCCAGUCUAUAGUGUUUGAGACAGCCUACAACACGAAUGAGAACAUGCUCAUCUGUGCACCCACUGGAGCUGGGAAAACUAACAUUGCCAUGCUAACUGUUGUGCAUGAAAUACGGCAGCAUAUUCAACAAGGAGUUAUCAAAAAGGAUGAGUUUAAGAUUGUGUACGUUGCCCCUAUGAAGGCCUUGGCUGCUGAGAUGACAAAUUACUUCAGCAAGCGUCUGGAGCCACUGGGUAUUACUGUGAAGGAGCUGACCGGUGACAUGCAGCUGACUAAAGGUGAAAUCCUGCGGACACAGAUGCUGGUUACAACUCCAGAGAAAUGGGAUGUGGUCACCAGAAAGAGUGUUGGGGAUGUAGCUCUGUCUCAAAUUGUGAGACUGAUAAUCUUGGAUGAGGUGCAUCUCCUACAUGAAGACAGAGGACCAGUGCUGGAGAGUUUAGUAGCAAGAACCCUUCGGCAGGUUGAGUCGACCCAAAGUAUGAUCCGAAUAUUAGGUCUGUCUGCAACACUUCCAAACUACCUUGAUGUGGCUACAUUCCUUCAUGUGAAUCCCUAUAUUGGACUCUUCUACUUUGAUAGCAGAUUUCGACCAGUUCCUUUGGGCCAGACCUUUGUCGGAAUAAAGACAACAAACAAGAUUCAGCAACUACGUGACAUGGAGGAAGUUUGUUAUGACAAUGUUGUGGAACAAAUUAGAGCUGGGCAUCAGGUGAUGGUGUUUGUUCAUGCCAGAAACUCCACAGUGCGGACUGCAAUGGCCCUUAUAGAAAUUGCCAAAAACCGAGGAGAAUCUUCUUUCUUCUUUGCUGACCAAGGAGCUGAGUAUGGCCACUUAGAGAAGCAGGUUCAGAAAUCUCGCAAUAAGCAGUUGCGGGAGAUUUUCCCGGAUGGUUUCGGUAUUCAUCAUGCAGGAAUGCUAAGGCAGGACAGAACCCUGGUGGAGAACCUGUUUUCUCGCGGAUACAUUAAAGUUCUGGUCUGCACAGCAACCCUGGCCUGGGGCGUCAACCUCCCAGCACACGCUGUUAUCAUCAAGGGCACACAGAUCUAUGAUGCCAAGAGAGGAACAUUGGUUGAUUUGGGAAUUUUGGAUGUUAUGCAAAUAUUUGGACGUGCUGGUCGACCCCAGUUUGAUAAAUAUGGAGAAGGCAUCAUCAUCACAACUCAUGAAAAGCUGAGCCAUUACCUAACUCUGCUUACUCAGCAAAACCCCAUUGAAAGUCAGUUUCUGGGGAGCCUGGCAGACAAUCUGAAUGCUGAGGUUGCAUUGGGAACUGUAACAAAUGUAGAAGAGGCAGUAAAGUGGCUCAGCUAUACAUACCUGUAUGUGCGGAUGAGAGCCAACCCAUUAGUCUACGGUAUCAAUCACAAAGCAUACCAGAUGGAUCCUGGUCUGGAGAUGUACAGGCAAGAGCUUGUCCUGGAGGCAGGACGAAAGCUUGACAAAGCCAGAAUGAUCCGAUUUGAAGAGAGGACUGGGUACUUUUCUUCAACAGAUUUAGGCCGAACUGCUAGCCACUACUACAUUAAGUACAACACAAUGGAGACAUUCAAUGAACUGUUUGGCGCCCACAAAACAGAAGCCGACAUCUUCAAUAUAGUGUCCAAAGCAGAAGAAUUUGAGCAGGUCAAGGUGAGGGAUGAAGAAAUGGAAGAGCUAGAGCAGUUGCUAUACAACUACUGUGAGCUCCCUGCUGCCGGUGGGGUAGAAAAUGGCUAUGGAAAAAUCAACAUUCUGCUUCAAACAUACAUCGGACGUGGCGAGGUGGACAGCUUCUCCCUAAUCUCAGACCUCUCAUACGUUGCUCAGAAUGCAGCUCGCAUUGUCCGAGCUCUGUUUGAGAUUGCCCUGAGAAAGCGAUGGCCCGCCAUGACUUACCGCCUUCUGAACCUCUGCAAAGUUAUAGACAAACGACUGUGGGGAUGGGCUAAUCCACUGCGCCAGUUUCCAGUAUUACCAGGCUAUGUUCUCUCCAAACUGGAAGAAAGGAAACUUACGAUUGAUAAGUUAAAGGACAUGAGAAAAGAUGAAAUAGGUCACAUGCUGCAUCAUGUGAAUAUUGGGUUAAAGGUCAAGCAGUGCGUCCAUCAAAUUCCUUCCAUAACAAUGGAAGCCAGCAUACAGCCAAUCACACGGACGGUCCUUCGAGUUAGACUAACCAUCAACCCAGACUUCAAGUGGAAUGAUACGGCGCAUGGAUCAGUGGGGGAACCUUGGUGGAUCUGGGUUGAAGAUCCAGCUAAUGACCACAUUUACCAUUCUGAAUAUAUUCUACUUCAGAAAAAGCAGGUGGUCACCAAUGAACCUCAGCAUGUGGUGUUUACCAUUCCGAUUUUUGAGCCCUUGCCUUCCCAGUACUACAUCCGUGCUGUGUCAGACAGGUGGCUAGGGGCAGAAGCGGUGUGUGUAAUCAACUUCCAGCACCUCAUACUUCCAGAGAGACACCCACCCCACACAGAAUUACUGGAUCUGCAGCCGCUUCCUGUCACUGCCUUGGGAAACCGGGAAUACGAGAGUCUGUACAAAUACACGCAUUUCAACCCAGUCCAGACUCAGAUCUUCCACACCCUAUAUCACACUGACUCCAAUGUCCUCCUCGGAGCUCCCACAGGCUCUGGGAAAACUGUUGCUGCUGAGAUAGCCAUUUUCAGGGUCUUCAACAAGUACCCAAAUUCUACGGCUGUGUACAUUGCUCCUUUAAAAGCACUUGUCCGAGAAAGAAUAGAGGAUUGGAAAGUAAGGAUAGAAGAAAAGUUGGGCAAAAAGGUUGUGGAGUUGACCGGUGAUGUAACACCAGACAUGAGAGCCAUUGCAAAGGCGGACCUCAUCGUCACCACGCCAGAGAAAUGGGACGGAGUCAGUAGAAGCUGGCAGAACAGGAGCUAUGUCCAGAAAGUGGCCAUUCUCAUCAUAGACGAGAUCCAUUUACUAGGGGAGGAGCGAGGGCCUGUACUGGAGGUUAUUGUAUCUAGGACCAACUUUAUAUCCUCUCAUACAGCAAAUCCUGUUCGAGUUGUUGGUCUGUCAACCGCCCUCGCUAAUGCCAGGGACCUUGGUGACUGGCUAGGAAUUGGACAGAUGGGUUUGUUCAACUUCCGUCCCUCUGUGCGCCCAGUUCCCUUGGAGGUGCACAUUCAUGGAUUCCCAGGACAGCACUACUGCCCCCGCAUGGCAAGCAUGAACAAACCAGCAUUCCAAGCUAUUCGCAGCCAUUCCCCUGCCAAGCCGGUGCUGAUCUUUGUGUCAUCCAGACGUCAGACUCGACUUACUGCUCUUGACUUGAUGGCUUUUCUGGCCACGGAGGAUGACCCUAAACAGUGGCUGCACAUGGAGGAACGAGCGAUGACUGAUGUUAUCGCGACAGUAAGGGAAUCCAACUUAAAGCUGACUCUGGCCUUUGGGAUCGGGCUACACCAUGCUGGCCUGCACGAGAGGGACAGAAAGACUGUGGAAGAGCUUUUCGUUAACUGCAAAAUCCAGGUGCUGAUUGCCACAAGCACACUGGCUUGGGGAGUGAACUUUCCAGCUCACCUUGUGAUUGUAAAAGGGACCGAGUACUUUGAUGGAAAAACAAGACGUUACGUCGAUUAUCCUAUCACAGAUGUUCUACAGAUGAUGGGGAGAGCUGGCAGACCCCAAUUUGACGACCAAGGCAAAGCUGUGAUUCUUGUGCAAGACAUUAAAAAAGAUUUCUAUAAAAAAUUCCUCUAUGAACCAUUCCCUGUUGAGUCAAGUUUGCUGGGUGUGCUUUCAGACCAUUUGAACGCUGAGAUUGCUGCAGGAACAGUUGCAUCCAAGCAGGAUGCCAUGGAUUACAUAACCUGGACCUACUUCUUCCGACGCCUCGUUAUGAACCCCAGCUAUUACAAUUUGGAUGAUGUGAACCAUGACACCAUCAACAAGUAUCUGUCAAACUUGGUUGAGAAGUCUCUCAGAGACCUGGAGUGCUCUUACUGUAUACAACUAGGAGAGGACAACUGCACUAUCGAGCCUUUAACAUAUGGUCGCAUUGCCUCCUAUUAUUACCUGAAGCACCCAACUGUCCGGAUGCUUAAAGAGAGACUGAAAGCUGAUUGCACAGUGGAAGAGUCGCUCUCCAUUCUCACGGAUGCAGAAGAGUAUGCAGAGCUGCCAGUCAGACACAACGAGGACCAGAUGAACAGUGAACUGGCCCGUCGUCUUCCCAUUGAAGUGAACCCCCAUUCAUUUGACAGCGCUCACACCAAGACUCACCUGCUGCUUCAAGCCCACUUCAGUCGAGCUGCACUGCCUUGCCCUGACUAUGCAACCGAUACCAAGACUGUGCUGGAUAAUGCCAUUCGAAUAUGCCAGGCAAUGUUGGAUGUUGCAGCAAAUGAGGGCUGGCUGGUCGCAGCCCUGAGCAUCUGUAACCUUGUGCAGAUGGUCGUGCAGGGUAGGUGGCUGCAUGAGUCAUCACUGCUGCUACUGCCAAACAUCGAACAGCACCACCUUCACCUUUUCAGGAAAUGGAACCAAGGCAGAGGGAAAAGCCGCUGUGGGGGUUAUCAGGGCCCGGUUGAAUGUCUUCCUGAGCUGAUAUCUGCCUGUGAAGGAAGAGAGCGCACAUUCACUUCCAUUGUGGCUAAUGAAUUACAGCCUUCACUCAUUCUGCAGGCCUGGAAUUUCCUGUCCCAUCUACCAGUUAUAGAGGUUGGAAUGAGGCUCAAAGGCUGGUGGGAAGACAGUCAAGGGCAAAACGAGCGAAUUCUCCCCACUGCAGCAUCAGAUACCAGAAAUGAGAAAAACUGGGUAUCUGUGCAUGCUGAUCAGGAAUAUGUGCUUCAGAUAAACCUGCUGCGCAUCAACACGGGACAUCAAAAGAGAAAGCAGGACAGCAAAGCAGUCUCUCCCCGGUUCCCUAAGGCUAAGGAUGAAGGCUGGUUUGUAGUGCUUGGAGAAGUGGAUAAGAAGGAACUAUUGGCAUUGAAAAGAGUAGGAUACAUUAGGAACCGAAGCACAGUCUCUGUAGCUUUCUUUACACCGGAAAAGACUGGAAGAUACAUCUACACAGUGUACUUGAUGAGUGACAGUUACCUUGGUAUGGACCAACAAUAUGACAUUUACCUGAAUGUGAUACCCGCCAGCAUUGCCUCCCAAGUCAACACGGAGGUCUCCGAUGCCAUGAACGACCUGGCUUUGGAGUGACAGGACGUGUUCUAACCAGCUGCAGAACAGUAAUGUUGCAGCACAGACUGUGCUGCUGUGCUGGGCCGUGCAGACAUUGCUUGAUAUUUGCCUUAGCAGAUGCAACUUGUAACCUCAGACACAAAGGAAAUUGGAAGUGGCAGCAUGAUUGACCUCCAGUGCAGAGGGAGCAGUGCAGCCAUGAUGGCCUUACAUAGUGUUGCUUUUGAAUUAAUGCUACAAUCAGGCAAUUGUGAAACCUAUAUGAUAACCCUUUAAGCAAAGCACACACACACACACACACUUAGGAUAGAUCCAUCAUACACUUCAGUCAGAAAACCUGUUCUAGUAAGAACUGCCUGCUUUUAAUAGGUAAUUAGGAACCUUGGCUUCUGGUGAUAAUGAUUUGAUUAAAAAAGUUAUGUGUUUUUGAAAGAGGGCUAUUUAAUUUCAUUUCAGAUUUCACUGUGGAAAUAGGAAAACAUAAUUUGCUAUUAAGUUGCUAUUAUUUUUACUAUAGUCAUUAAAACCCUGACAGUGCAUACAUUUUGUUUUGAUUUUGGUUUGUUGAUUUCCCCCUAUCUCAACCCCUUUAAAUGCAUUACUGUUAAUUUAGUAAGAAGUAGUAAAUUCAAUAUUUAUGGAGAUACUGUAUCUUCUCCAGUCAUUCAAUGUUUACAUUAUAUAAUAAUGUUUAUAUGACCAUUUUCAUUUGAGUGUAUUAUUUUAAUACAUUGAGUUAAUAGUUUUUGUGUGUGUGUGUGUUUCAAAUAUAGCUGUAAUAGAAGAUAUUUUGAAAAAAAAUAAAGGUGUGUGCAACUGGG